AUGUAAAAAAUAAUCAACAUAUUUUCCAAAAAUUCUGGUCUAUAAUCUUAAAAAUUUACUCAAGAAAAACUAGAAUAACCUAUAACUAGCAUUAAAGCAAUCGAAUUAGCCGAAACUCCUGACUAUUUUUACCUUAAAGCUGAAUACUCUCUCACGAAUAUAACCCAAAGUCUUUAAAUACAUAAAUAAUCAGGCAAAAUUUAAUAAUUAAACCCUCAACAAAUACCAUCUAAUAUCCCUUUUAAUUAAUAAUAUAGUGCUUUCUUAGGAAUAAUAAAUAUAUAUGGAUAAAAUUUUUUAGUGUUAGUUAAAAAUGUUAAUUUAAUUCCUUUUUUAAACGAAAAUUUUAGUAUAUUAGAAAUAAAUUAGUGUGAAUUUAGGGCUUUUUUCCCUUUAUAAGUAUCCAUAAAUAUAUUAAAAUAAUAAUAGAGUAUAGAAAACACACUCUCGAAAGGCGGAUAUUAUUUUUGUUAUAAAUUUCCUUUAACAGUUUCUUAGUAGAAAUUUUACAUUGAUAAAAUGAACACUGAUAAUGAUUAUUUAUGGAAUUUAAACCUUCUUAAACCCCUUAUACAGUAAAAAAUUGCCAUAGAAUGGCAUAUAUAAUUAAUUUAAGGUUACGUUUCUUCAGUUAAAGGAUAUCCUUUGUAUUAUUUAUUGAUUUCAAGAAGAUAAAUGAGAAGAGGAGGCACUAGAUAUAACCAUAGAGGGGUUAAUUCUGAUGGAUAUGUUGCUAAUUUUGUAGAAUCAGAGUAAAUUUUAUCAUAUGGAGCCGAUAUUUUGAUAUCUCAUGUGUAAAUUAGAGGAAGUGUGCCUGUAUUUUGGUCAUAAUAAGGUCUUUAAGCAAAAUUAUAUUUAAACCAAAGUUAAUAAAUGUCACAUAAUAGCUUUAAUAUGCAUUUCGAUUAUAUAAAAAAACAUUAUGGGGAUGUUACUUGUGUAAACUUAAUGACUUAUUCAAUACCUAAUGAAUAAUUACUUUCUAAAGAAUAUGUUUAUCAUGUAAAUAAUAUUGAAAAUAUAGAAUAUUUAGAAUUUGAUUUAAAACUUGAAUGCAAAGGAGAUAAAUUUGAUAAAAUUGAUCUUUUUUUGAAUAAAAAAAUAAUCAGUAAUUUAAAAAAUUUCUCCUUUUUUUCUAAAAAAGGAAAUUAAAUUCUCCAAAAGUAAAAAGGUAUUGUUCGUUCAAAUUGUUUAGACUGUUUAGAUAGAACGAAUUUUUUUUAAUAAAAAUUAGGUUUAUAGACUCUUUUUUAGUUAAUAUUUCCCUAUUUAUAAGGCUUUUAAAUUACAACUAAUGAUGUAUUGUUCAAAUAAUUAUAAUAUGGAUGGGGUGAAAACGGAGAUUUGAUUAGCAAACAUUAUGCGGGAACAAAAGCUACUACUAGUAAAGUCGCUAAAACAGGAAAAUAAGGUUUAGUGGGUUAUAUAAAAGGCAAAUGCUCAUCUGCAAAAAGGUUUGUAAAUGCAAAUUUGAAGGAUUCUAAGAAGCAGGAAAUUUACUGUAUUAUUUUAGGUGAGAAUUAUGAGAGUUAGGCCAAUUUAUAAUACGAAUAUGAGAUUUUAGAGUAAAUAAAAAACCGAUAAAAUGAGUUUUUGGAAGAAAAGAAUUUAAACGUAUUUAUAUGUACCUGGAAUGUGAAUUGUUUUGAACCAUAUCACACUAAAUUCGAUUUCUAGAAGAUUUUUUGCAAAAACAACCAAAAAAGUGAACUAGUAAUUUUCUGUAUGUAAGAAUUAGUAGAGGCAAACGCGAAAAAUAUAAUGGUUUCUACAAUCGAAAAAUCAAAUACUAUAACAAAUUGGAUAGAAUCCCUUCUAUAUAAUCUAGGUCCUUAAGAUUAUUUUUUAGUUGGAUAAUAUAGUAUGGUAGGCAUAUAGACAUUAAUUUUUGCUUAAAAAAAUAUCAAAAAUAAUCUCUCAGAUAUCGAAUUUGAUUAUGUCAAAUGCAGUUUUACGAAAACUAAAGGCAGUGUAAUUGUCCGAUUUAGGCUUUUUGAUACUUCUUUAUGUAUUUUAAAUUGCCAUUUAUAACAUGGUGGGGAAAAGACUAUUUAGAAUUUAGUAAAUAUACAUGAUUAGGCUUUUUAAUAGGAAAGAAUGUCUACAUAUAAAAAAUAACCAGUUUGGAAAAGCGAUAAGAUUUUUUUAGUUGGAGAUCUCAAUUUUAGAUUAAAUAACGAAAUUAAAUACGAAGACGUUUUAUAAGAAAUAUCUACUAUUAAUUAAUGUUAAAAUAAAAAACAAUAGAAGCUUUUAUACGACAAACUACUAUAAUAUGAUUAGUUAAACUUUUUUAAAAAUUCAAAUCAAUUUUAAAUUCUUUAGAAAUAUAAAGAAGGCUAAAUUUUAUUUUUACCAACUUAUAAACUUAAUGUGAAUACAGAUGUAUAUGAUAUUUCUAAAAAAUAAUCAGUUCCCUGUUGGUGCGAUAGAAUUCUUUAUUGUGAUAUGGAAAAUGAAUAAAAUAAUAAUAGUUAUAUUUCGGAAGAUUUUAAGUUAUAUGAGUCUGUUAAUGUUAAUCAUUCUGACCAUAAACCGGUUGUAGCUUUGAUUUAGGUUAAAGUGAAGAUUAUUGAUGAGGAAAAAAGGGAAAAAAUACUAAACUAAAUAAUUUAAAUUUAAGAAAUUAAUUAAAUUGAUGAAAUUAAUAAUAUAGGGAAUAUGGAAACCUAAAAUGAUAAUAAUCCUAAAAAGGAUUUCAAUAUGUUCGAAAAUUUUAAUGUUUAAUAAUAAUAAGACGAAAAUAUUAAAUAUUUUUAUAAUUUAUAAUAAAAUGUUGAAUUUUAAAAUAAUUAAAAUUAAUAGCAAAAUAGUUAAGAUUAACAGCAAAAUAAUAAUUAAGUUGAUUUAUUGGAUUUUAGUAAUAAUUAAUAAAUAUAAAAUUAAUAAAUAUAAAAUGUAGAUUUAUUAGAUUUAUGA